AGAGUUGGGUUAAUUUUGUCAAGAAAUUGUCAUUCAGUUCAAUUCAGUUAGCUCAAAAUUUUAAAGCAGCUUAAAAACUAACUUUUUAAAGUUAAAAUAUAUUUUUUUACAGUCACACAGUUUUUUAUAGUAUUAACAGGGGAACCCGUCUCCUUAUCCUAUGGAAGGUCUAGGACUCCCUUCAUCCUCCAGCCCUCCUAUGAAUUCAAAACCCUGGAAUUUGUUUGGAUGCUUUGGUGUUAGCUGUGGAGUUAGCUGUGGAGUUAGCUGUGGAAUUGGGUGUGGAAAUGGCUGUGGAGUUAGCUGUGGAGUUGGGUGUGGAAUUGGGUGUGGAAUUGGCUGUGGAGUUGGGUGUGGAAUUGGGUGUGGAAUUGGCUGUGGAGUUGGGUGUGGAAUUGGCUGUGGAGUUGGCUGUGGAGUUGGCUGUAGAGUUAGCUGUGGAAUUGGGUGUGGAAUUGGCUGUGGAGUUGGCUGUGGAGUUGGCUGUAGAUUUAGCUGUGGAGUUGGGUGUGGAGUUGGCUGAGGAGUUGGGUGUAGAGUUGGGUGUAGAGUUAGCUGUGGAGUUGGCUGAGGAGUUGGCUGUGGAGAUGGGUGUGGAAUUGGCUGAGGAGUUGGCUGAGGACUUGGGUGUAGAGUUGGGUGUAGAGUUAGCUGUGGAGUUGGGUGUAGAGUUGGCUGUGGAAUUGGCUGAGGAGUUGGGUGUAGAGUUAGCUGUGGAAUUGGCUGUGGAGUUGGCUGAGGAGUUGGGUGUAGAGUUGGGUGUAAAGUUAGCUGUGGAGUUAGCUGUGGAGUUGGGUGUAGAGUUGGGUGUGGAAUUGGCUGUGGAGUUGGGUGUAGAGUUGGGUGUAGAGUUAGCUGUGGAGUUGGGUGUAGAGUUGGGUGUAGAGUUAGCUGUGGAAUUGGCUGAGGAGUUGGGUGUAGAGUUAGCUGUGGAAUUGGCUGUGGAGUUGGCUGAGGAGUUGGGUCUAGAGUUGGGUGUAAAGUUAGCUGUGGAGCUGGCUGAGGAGUUGGGUGUAGAGUUAGCUGUGGAAUUGGCUGUGGAGUUGGCUGAGGAGUUGGGUGUAGAGUUGGGUGUAAAGUUAGCUGUGGAGUUAGCUGUGGAGUUGGGUGUAGAGUUAGCUGUGGAAUUGGCUGUGGAGUUGGGUGUAGAGUUGGGUGUAGAGUUAGCUGUGGAGUUGGGUGUAGAGUUGGGUGUAGAGUUAGCUGUGGAAUUGGCUGAGGAGUUGGGUGUAGAGUUAGCUGUGGAAUUGGCUGUGGAGUUGGCUGAGGAGUUGGGUGUAGAGUUGGGUGUAGAGUUGGGUGUAGAGUUAGCUGUGGAGUUGGCUGUAGAGUUGGGUGUAGAGUUGGGUGUAGAGUUAGCUGUGGAGUUGGGUGUGGAGUUGGGUGUAGAGUUAGCUGUGGAGUUGGGUGUAGAGUUGGGUGUAGAGUUAGCUGUGGAGUUGGGUGUAGCGUUAGCUGUGGAGUUGGGUGUGGAGUUGGGUGUAGAGUUAGCUGUGGAGUUGGGUGUGGAGUUGGGUGUAGAGUUAGCUGUGGAGUUGGGUGUAGAUUUAGCUGUGGAGUUGGGUGUAGAGUUAGCUGUGGAGUUGGGUGUGGAGUUGGGUGUAGAGUUAGCUGUGGAGUUGGGUGUGGAGUUGGGUGUAGAGUUAGCUGUGGAGUUGGGUGUGGAGUUGGGUGUAGAGUUAGCUGUGGAGUUGGGUGUGGAGUUGGGUGUAGAGUUGGGUGUAGAGUUAGCUGUGGAGUUGGCUGUAGAGUUGGGUGUACAGUUAGCUGUGGAGUUGGGUGUGGAGUUGGGUGUAGAGUUAGCUGUGGAGUUGGGUGUAGAUUUGGGUGUAGAGUUAGCUGUGGAGUUGGCUGUAGAGUUGAGUGUAGAGUUGGGUGUAGAGUUAGCUGUGGAGUUGGGUGUAGAGUUGGGUGUAGAGUUGGGUGUAAAGUUAGCUGAGGAGUUGGGUGUAGAGUUAGCUGUGGAGUUGGGUGUGGAGUUGGGUGUAGAGUUAGCUGUGGAGUUGAGUGUGGAGUUGGGUGUAGAGUUAGCUGUGGAGUUGGGUGUGGAGUUGGGUGUAGAGUUAGCUGUGGAGUUGGGUGUGGAGUUGGGUGUAGAGUUAGCUGUGGAGUUGAGUGUGGAGUUGGGUGUAGAGUUAGCUGUGGAGUUGGGUGUGGAGUUGGGUGUAGAGUUAGCUGUGGAGUUGAGUGUGGAGUUGGGUGUAGAGUUAGCUGUGGAGUUGAGUGUGGAGUUGGGUGUAGAGUUAGCUGUGGAGUUGAGUGUGGAGUUGGGUGUAGAGUUAGCUGUGGAGUUGAGUGUGGAGUUGGCUGUAGAGUUAGCUGUGGAGUUGGCUGUAGAAGUUACUAAUUUGGAGAUUCUUUCUCUUCGGACAUAAUUUAUAUACACAUGAAAAUGUUUGGGCACAGUUACACUUUACGAGCUGAAUUUACAUGUUAGAAAAAGUAAAAACGUUAAUUACCCAGAAAAUCAGUCUUUUAGUGAAAGUCCUGCGACGUUUGGUUAAGAAUUUGUGUGUUCGGUUAAUCUCUGUAAACUGGCUGCAGUGGACAGUAAGACUGCAGUGGGGAGUUACGGUUAAGCACUCAUAUC